GCUGAUGCAACUGAUGAGCGCGGUUGUCUCUUGCUCUCAGAGGAUAGAAGCAGUAGGUACAGAACCCAAGAUCCGAGAGAGAGAGAGAGAGGGGAGCGAGAGCAGCCAUGGCGGCCGUUGGGGGCAUGCUCACCGGCGCCGUCCUCACGAUGGUGAGCAAGCAGAUUGGCUCCGCCAUUGGUGGUCAGGUCAAGCUGCACUGGGAUUUCGACGAAGACCUGGAGAACAUGAAGAUGACGCUGGAGACCCUGGAGGCGUUUCUCAGCGACGCCGAGAGAAGGUCCGUCGCCGAGGAGUCGGUACGGCUGUGGCUGAAGCGACUCAAGAACGCCGUCUACGACAUCUCCGACAUGAUCGAGGUGUUCCAAGCCAACACCACGCGAGGGAGCAAAAUUAUGAUCCCCUGUCUUGCAAUUGGUCCCAAUAUAGAAAUGGCCAAACAAAUGAAAAGGAUGAGAGACAAACUAGAAAACAUCGCCAAACAGCACAACAACUUCAGUUUUAUGUCCGAGAGUUACUCCAACAGACAGCAACUACUUUAUUCUGAACGGAGAACAUCACCCAAGGUGGAAGAAGCAGCCAUAGUCGGAAUGACUCAAGAGAAGCAAAACAUAUUAGAUUGUUUAUCUGAUAAUCUCUUGACCCAAGAUUUCAUUAUCCUUGCGAUAUAUGGCAUGGGAGGGAUUGGCAAGACAACCUUAGCACAGUUAGUUUUCAAAGACAAAAGAUUCAAAGAGUACUCUCAGGUGUGGGUCUAUGUGUCUCAGGAUUUUGACUUGGAUAAAAUCGAGAGCUCUAUAAUUUCACAACUCUCCAAAAGGGAGCCCAGUAUGACAACUGAUUUGGAGAUGGCAACACCUGAUAUGAAGAUUAUCAUUGUCUUGGAUGAUCUUUGGGAGAACAAUGGUUUUAAAUUAGAUAACUUGAAGCUUAGGCUAAAUGUGGGCAAGGGGGCCAAGGUGAUUGUAAUAGUUACCACACGUGAGGAAGGCAUUGCUAGGAGAUUUUCUACGGUCACACCAUAUUUGUUAAAGCCAUUGUCAUAUGAAAUGUGCUGGGAACUAAUAAAACAAAAAUGUGCCUUUAAAGACAGAGAUGACAAGGAAUGGUUGGAAAGUAUAGGGAUAGAGAUUGCAAGGAAGUGUGGAGGUGUGGCAUUAGCAGCUCUAUCCCUUGGGUACAUGCUGCAUUCCAAAGGGGUCGAUGAAUGGGAAUCAGUGAGAGAUAGCAAUAUUCUGAAUGAACCUACCUCAGAUGAUGUAUCUUCACCUUACCAUGUGCUUGCAUCCUUGAAGUUAAGCUAUGUCAGAAUGAAGCCAUGCUUGAAGAUGUGUUUUGGCUACUGUGCUAUUUUUCCAAAAGGCCAAAAGAUGGUUAAGGAUGAUUUAAUUCUUCAGUGGAUUUCCCUUGAUUUUAUCGAGCCAUCAAAAGUUUACUCCCCAAGGCAGAUUGGUGAGAUAUAUGUUACUGAGCUUUUGGGAAUGUCAUUUCUUCAACAUUAUUCAAAGUCAUCAUCGAGUGUCACAGCGCAUGAAGGGAAUGUUACAUUGUUAACCAUGCACGACCUGGUGCAUGAUCUUGCAAGAUCGGUCAUGGUGGAUGAAAUUCUGGUUUCCAGCGAACAAGACAAGAAUGGCAAAAGCAGCUACCGAUAUGCGUUGCUCAAUGACAGCAGCAAGCCAUUGAAAUCAUUCACCAAGUUUCCUGCCAAGAUAAGAGCAUUGCGUUUUGUCGACUGUGCCAAAAGUGUGCUCCAUGAUGGCGCAUUUUCAGGUGCCAAGUACCUGCGCGUCUUGGAUUUAAGCGAGUGCUCUGUACAGAAGUUGCCAGAUUCUGUCGGUGAUUUGAGGCAGUUGAGGUAUCUCAGUGCUCCAGGAAUCCAAGAUACUAUGAUUCCUGGUUGUAUAACCAAGCUCCCAAAAUUAAUAUAUCUCAAUCUCAGUGGAUCUUCAAUGCUCUUUUCACUACCAGAGUCAAUUGGAGAAAUGGGCAGCCUGAUGUAUCUUGAUUUAUCAGGUUGUUCAGGAAUUCAAAGAGUACCACAAUCAUUUGGGAAGCUCAAUUUGUCAUAUCUGGAUCUGUCAAAUUGCUCUAGCCUUAAGGGCGUAUCAGAAAUAUUGGGGAACCUCACUAAGCUGCAGCAUUUGAACUUAUCAUAUUGCCAAUAUGUAGAGAAACUAGGAAAUUUGGGUAACCUGACGAAACUGCGGUAUUUUCACUUUUCAAGCUCAGGUUCUCCAGGGGUGUCAGAAAAAGAUGUUUUCGGUGGGGGCACCAAACUUGAGUAUUUAAACCUAUCGACAGAGUUCACAGAUACCAAAAUCAAAAGGCUUCCUGAAGCUGUGGGUAGCUUCAUUAAAUUGAAGUAUUUGAACUUAUCUGGAUGGACAGAACUAGAAGAAUUGCCAAGAUCAUGGGGUGCUCUUCAAAAUUUGAUCCAUCUUGAUUUAUCAAAUUGUUACAAGAUAAAAGGUGUGCCAGAAACCUUGGGUAGCCUUACCAAGCUCCAAAAUUUGAAUUUAUCAUACUGCUGCUGCUACCGAGAAACUCGAUGUCAGCUUAUUGGGCUUGAAGAAGUGGUAGGCAAGCUCACCGCACUUCGGAAUUUGUAUUUAUCAAAAUGCCUGGAUACUCUCUUCUUUGGGAUUAAAGGUAAAUACAGGGACGAACAAAUGGAGAUGUACACUUCAGAACUUGUGUGCCAAAAUUUCCUUGCAUCUCUCAGUUCGCUUACCAAUCUAGAGGAGCUGGACUUAUCUGAUAACUUGAGUAUCAAAACUCUACCUGAGAGUAUUGGUGACCUGGAGAACCUGCAUACACUUAACCUCUCGAGCUGUGAUGGUCUAUGUCAGCUUCCAAGAGUUAUGCGCGAGAUGGAAAGUCUGAAACAUUUGAAUGUUUCUAGUUGUUAUCAUCUGGACAAGUCAACUGUACCUAAGUUUGACAGUAGUGCGGUCCUGCUACCACACUUUGUGGUUCAAGCUUGGGAUCGUGAAUCUAGCAGCAAUGUCUUUCUGCUUCAGGAUGUAAACACUACUGAGCUGGAGAUAAGCAAAUUGGAAAACGUGGUCAGUGUAAAAGAGGCCCAGAGAAUAAGAUUAAAGGAGAAAGAGAUUAUCUCAGAAUUGUCGCUCAGCUGGACACGAGAUGCGAGGAGAUUUGUGGAGGAUCAGAACGUGUUGGCAGAGCUAGAACCGUCAGGUCAGUUGUACGAGUUCAAGCUGCAGGGCUACAGCAGCGCAGCAUUUCCAGACUGGCUGAUGGAUGUUGCUUCUCACCGUUUCCCCUGGCUCAAGAGCAUCGAUCUGGUGGAUCUGCCCAACUGCACCUGCCUGCCACCGCUCGGUCAGCUGCAGCAACUGGAGACCUUGUCACUCGAUGGACUCAAUGGCAUUACCAAGAUCGAUGGCCAGUUCUGUGGUGGAUCAUCAGGAGCAUUUCACCGACUCAAGAGUUUUUCCAUGUCCAACAUGGAAGGGCUGGAGGAGUGGCGGACCAGGUACUCCUCCUCCGGCAACGGCAGAUGUACGAGGAAGUUCAUGUUCCCUAGACUGAAGAAACUGAAAAUACAUCACUGCCCCAAGUUGAGCCUCAGGAGUCGCCCUCCUAAAGCUGUUCACUGGGAGAUCGAGGGAAGCGACAAUGUGAUAUCGUCGUGGCCGAGAGCCUCUGCCUCGUCGUCAUCCGCCGUGCCAAUAUACAAGCUGAUCAUCAAAUCCUGCAGGUUGCCACUGCACCAGUGGAGCCUGCUUCAGAGGCUAACUAUCAAGUCUUUAGUCAUCGAGUCGUGCAGUGAUCUGAACAGCAGCUCGCCGGAGAUCGCUCAAGCCUUGUCCUGCUCCCUCCAAGAACUCUUCCUGAAAUGGGAUGACGAUAAUCCGGAGCUGCCCAGCUGGAUGAGCAUGCUCACACAUCUUAACAGUUUGCAUAUAAGUACUAGGUGCCCGGAGCUGAAGGUGUCAGGAGGGGUCAUGAAGCAGCUCAGUUCUUUACGCUUGCUGACUCUACAUGAAUGUGCAGCCAUGGCAUCACUGCCAGAGUGGUUGGGAGAGCUCCCUUCUCUCUGUGAACUGCGGAUCGAGAAGUGCCCCAGACUGAACAAUCUGAAAAGGGCCAUGGAUGAUCGCCGCCUCACCUCCAUCAGGUCGCUGCAUGUGAAAUCCUGUGAAAGCAUUUCGGUGCUACCAGAAAGCUUGGGCGAGCUCAUGUCUCUCGAGGUUCUUCAUAUCGAUGGGUGUAUCAGUAUCAAGUCUCUGCCGAAAAGCAUUCAAAAACUGACCAAUUUGGUGAGUGUACGAGUCCAUUCGUCGCCUGAAUUGGAGAAGUGGUGUGAAUUGGAGGAGAACAAGAACAGGUUCUCCCAUCUGCUCAACAAGCAUGAUGACUGCGAUUACAAUCAUGGGACGGGAUAGUUAAUUUGUUGAUACAUUUCUUAUUUUUUGACAACGAUUUUUUGCCAUGGUAAUAUUUAAUCAUUUUGCUGAGACGGAACUUACCUAUUGCAUGGAGAAACAAAAUUGUGGUUGUCACAAAAUCAUUUUACCAGAAUUAAGUGUUGGUGUGAGAAUUUUUUUUUUUCAUAUUGCUAUAAAUAAAUUUCUGGUGAUAGUGUUAUCUCUUUUAGAUAAUUGGGCGGGGAACUCAUAAUUGAGAUAAAUGAAAAACAAAAAAAAGAAAAUACUAAA